AUGGCCCAAGACGACAAUCCUAUACCUAAGUCGGUACCUUUGCACCAACAGGCAGGUAAAUAUUUCCACACUUUACAUACGCAAGACUUAUCAAACCUCUACCAGCAAUGCUACAAACAGUUUGACGAAACUAUAAACCAGCUAGUAGAUUCCCCGUCGCCUUCCACUUCCAACAUCGACAAGCCAAUAGCGGAUCUCACAAACAUAUACAAGCUUCUUUCAACGCAUGAAUCGGAAUCUAAUUCAUUCCACAACGACAUCCAAGACUUGAAGAAUACUUUCAAAACUCAAUCAGACUCAUGCCCUCAAAUUGACCUUUCCACCUGGGACAAAUAUCGCACCGGUGAAAUUACCGCUCCCCAACUUUCUGAAUUAUAUCUAAACAUGUCUCGAUCGGAGCCAUCCGCUGCCGUCGAUAGCACGGCUACUUUAAAAAUACUUAAGGUCUUACCGUACAUCUGGAAUGAUCCAACGUGCGUGAUACCGGAUUUGCAAAAUCCCGCAGACGAAGAUGAUUUACAAAUAGAAGGUGGGAAAAUUGAGUUGACUUGCCCCAUCACUUGCAAGGCCUAUGAAACGCCAUUGAUAUCCAAAAAAUGCAAUCACGUUUUCGAUAAAGAUGGUAUUCAGAAUUACUUACAAGGAUACACGACAAGAGACUGUCCACAAGCUGCAUGUUCACAAGUCGUUUCCAUGAGGGAUUUCGUAAGAGACCCCAUCAUGGAACUGAGGUGCAGAAUCGCCAAAAUCAAAGAUUCUCAGGAACAAGACAAAAGAAACAACCAAGCCAUCGAUGUCCUAUGA